AUGUUACCUUUCAUACCUCGCUCCGUCGCCCGGUCUGCGAAACCUACGCCCGAAUUUCGUGUUGCUAGUCUCUCUGCCUCAUUGCGGCACUCCUACAUCAGCGGGAACGAUGGUGCACAAAGUUCUGACCAAGAAAUCUUACCGGCUGCGAAAGGCAAAGCAAAGCAGUCCGAAGCCACACAGGCCGCAGAUGAAUAUGCCAUAGUGACUUUCAUUGCUCUGUCCGACUAUGCUCUGUGGUCGGAACCAGGUCUCAGACGGCUUGUAGCGUCGGGGGACGAGGGCUACAUUCCACUCAGUCACAUUCUCCAUCAGCCACCCUUCACGACUGCUUUUCGCACCGUGCUACAAGAGACCGCAGUAGUAAAAGCUAUCCGUGCCCACGCUAAUGACAGUUUCGAUUUACGAAUGAUCGUGUCGGCGUCCUCCCAUCCGACGUGGCAAGAGCCGUGGGUCGCUGGGAAUGUCGGUGGGUAUGAAAUACGGAGGAAGGAUUGGAAGGAGGCACUGCAGCGGUCGCGAAAUUACUCAAAGCACGAAUGGGAUGACAGGACUAUUUAUAUGGAAAACAUCCCGCUUCCUCACCGGAGCGUUGUGAGCAUCUGUCGGUAUACACUGUCUAUGCUGCGUGCUCCUCCAACUCCCAGUGGGUCUAUGCACGUACAGCACAUAUGGCUCCCACCGCAUCACCAAGACAAUCCCGGCAACUCUCCCAAAUGCAAGGGCUUCGCCCUCGUGACCCUCACGCACUCUGAGGGUGCGGGACGCUUGCUCAGCGAAUGGCCUUGGGAGCCGCGGCACAUAGAUCUCCGCAGUGUCGCUGAGCCUGCAGAAGCCCACGAAGCAGCGAGGUACGGCUUCCGCACACUCUCGAAAACACAAUGGAACCAGCUGCAGGAGGAAUAUCUCGCUUAUCGCCAGAAGCUGGUCGAUGAGAUCGCCCGUGCCGAAGAGGCCGUAGAGGAUCUAGCGGGUCCAGUCGGACGCCCCGACGUUCAGAUCCGACCGAGCGUUGCCAGGUUUACCCUUGCGACACCCAAUCCGGCUGCCGCACCAACAGACAAACAAGACCACUCUACGCACGCUGCUGUCACAAUUUGUGCAAAAGGAUAA